AUGGAACGGCGCACCUCCAGCCAGGCAGGGAUGUUCUUAGGCCUCUUUGUGGGCCAGUUGAACAUUCACGAAACCGCAAGUUAUUAUUGGAGCAGGGGAGAGACCUUAUGCGUGUGCACCCUCAGCACCCCACCCACACACGCCCCACCACGCCAUCAACACACGCCCCACCAGGCCAUCAACACCCACACACGCCCCACUACACCACCCACACACGCCCCACCACGCCAUCAACACCCGCCCCGCCCCACCACACCACCCACACACGCCCCACCACGCCAUCAACACCCACACACGCCCCACCACGCCACCCACACACGCCCCACCAGGCCAUCAACACCCACACACGCCCCACCACGCCACCCACACACGCCCCACCACGCCAUCAACCCCCGCCCCGCCCCACCACGCCACCCACACACGCCCCACCACGCCAUCAACACCCGCCCCGCCCCACCACGCCACCCAAACCAGCCCAACCACGUCACCCACACCAUCCCCACCACACCACCCACACCCACCCCACCACGUCACCCCCACUCGCCCCCACCACGCCACGCCACCCACACCACCACACUACACCACCCACACCCGCCCCACCCACACCUGCCCUACCACGCCUUCCACACCCGCCCCAGCAUGCCACCCACACCCUCCCCACCACACCACACCAGUCACACACGUACCGCCACCCACACCCGCCCCGCCCCACCACGCCACCCACACCACCCCAACACCCACACCACUACACCACCCACACCCGCCCCACCACACCACCCACACCCACCCCACCACAGCCCUCCCCUCCCACAGCACACACCUUACCGCUAUUCUCCUCCCUUCAUUCCAUAUGUCUUUCCCCUGCCAGUCUACACACCUUUCACUUAA